UAAUUAUAUCCUUAGAUAUAUUAUUACAUUUGUACACUACAUGCACAUAUAAUAUUAUUAUUACAUAUUAUAUUACUAGACCGUUAAAAAUGUGAUAGGGAUAAUUCUAUUUAUGUGCAUUUUGCCAUAUCCACUUGACCAAAUGGAAGCCUUCAAAUUUGCUUAAGUAAGGGAAGUUAAUAAAUAAAUAUGCAUAUGUAUGGCAGAUAAUUUUAGUGUACAAUUUAUACCAAUAUGCGGUUACAACGACAAUAGUAAUAUUAAUUUUAGUAAGAAUUCCGUGUAUGAACCAAGCUAAAUGGUUUGUUUUGUUUUUGGAAAUGUGUGUAUUUUGAAUAUUAAUCAACAUUGCAAAUAUUACAUUUUUAUUUUGCACUUAUUGGAAAAUGAAUUCUGAAAAAUUUAUGACGUCAUGCUUCACACCUCACAGAUAUAUGUAUAAAUGGGUCAUAGUUGUAAUACGUCUGAAUAUUUAUGUGUACACAAGUUUACAAUGCAUUACAAAAAAAACAAUCGAAAAUUCAGUAUUUUAACAUUAUAAAUAUAAAUAUGCAAUACGAACAUCAGUUCAACGUUUUUGCCCAAACAGUUAAUUUGUAAAAAUGUGUAAAUAUACACUUUAUAAUAUAAUGUAAUAAAUUUUCAAAACAUAUGUACAUAGUCAAAUAUUUAAAUUACCACAAUAAUAGCAAUUUAACUGUUCCUUUAAUGCACAAUAUCAUCAUUCUCAAUGAAGUCAGUAUAUCUAUAAAAUUUCUGCAGAACCUCACCUUUAUUUGUGAGCAUUCACGGACCGAACUGGAAAUUUAAGAAUUUUUUCCAUCGAAAAAUUUGCCAUUGUAGCGUGACAUUUCAACCACCCUGUAUAUCAAUUUAAUUUAUGCCAAACUUCUUUCAUCAGCACCUCAUGAAAUUACUUUUCAUAAGGUUUUCAAAUUUCUCAUCCUCUUGUAAAUGUCUUGAUAAUGAAUGGCAGAUAGCAUUCGAAAUAUUGACUUUUCCACUAAACUCCGUGUAAUUCAAUUAUUAAUUACUUUUCUCAAUGAAAGGGUGAAGUACAUUAUUAAUGUGAAAAUCAACAUCAAACGUGCCACGCUAACGCAUAAUGGUACCUUUUUUCAAGCUAUACGGGGAUUGUCUAACCAAUCAUAUCAAAAAAACCAAGCCAAAAAUUAGGAGUCACAUGGCGCUUAUAAUUCCGUUGAAUGGCCACUGCGAAGAAAAAUAUUGGGGGUCCAAGUUCCCCCGAGCGCCUAAGUUAUCGCCUUGUGGAGAGAAAGUUUACUAAAAAAAUUUAACUUUGUCGCCAAUAUUUUUCUUUAAAGGGGCCAUUUAACGGAAUGAAAACCCCAAAUGGUUCCUAAUUUGUGGCUGGGUUUUUGAGAUAACUCGCUAGACAAUUACGGUGUAGCUUGAAAAAAAGGUGCCAUUGUUUGUUAGGGUAAUUUAUAAGAAAAUGUCGGAUUGACGUUUUCUUUGUAAUGCAAAAAAUCCGACCAAGUCGGAUCGAGAAAAUGAUACUUCAAAAAAAUUAAAACGAUUCCUGACAAUCAUAAAAUUAAAAAGUUAUGAACACUAGUUUGGUAAAAUUUUAAUGAGGUUGAACGGGGUUAAUUUUUCGCCAGGGUUGAAUCAUACCUCAAACAAAUAGACCUCGCCAUACAGAUCCCCAUAAAUCUCAGCACAAUUAAAUUUACGUAUGCAACUGUCAUAAAGAGACCCUAGAACAAACAAGGGGAACGUAAUUUACAUUCGUUUGUACAUAUUAAAAUUUGCACACAUUCACAUAAAUAAUAUCGCAAUUUAUUUACGAGUGUUUUAUUACUUUAUUAUUUAAUGUGUCAAAUUCAAAGUUAUUCCUGCUGGCUAACCUGAGCUAUAAAUGGUUCUCUACGUAAGAUAAAUGAACCUUUUUUGCACAUGAGUCAUCCUUUCGCUAAUCCCAAAUCAACAUGAUGUCAUACAUAUGUAUUUGACAGCACAUCAUGUACAUAAAUAAUAUUUAUGAUGCGUCACCUGACUUUGAGCCGAAAGACAUAAUUAGCUGUUAUUAUAUAUGUAAAGGUUUUGAAAACAAUAAAAGAGUUUGGAGAGUGCAAAUUAAACGAUUUGUUUGAUCCGUUUCAUCAUUUCACAGGAUGCCGAAACUAAUCUCUACUUCCUAUACGACUUUUUAAAUACACAUUUCCUGCUUAAUUAUGUGGUAGAUUACUAAACUACAAAUAUAUUGUCGUCGAUAUAAAUAAGGCUGGUCCUCUGAGUACCAAUAGCAAAUGGUAUCUACACGAGGAAGACGUACGACGUACAUAAAAACUAAACUUCAGCUCAAAUCAAAUUGCCAAAUAGAUUGAAAUUUCCAGUUGUUGAACUAUAUAAAAUUAAAAACUGUAAAAUUGAAAUUUGCCAACUUACUUUUUCAAAUUAUCAUAUUUAAUUAAGGGUUUUUUCGUGUAUAAGUUGGAAAGAAAGUUUCUCCAAUGGCGGACCAAUCGUCUCAGUCCAACGGGGAGCCAAUCUCUAUCCUGAAGAUAGCGAAGGAUAAAAUCACCAUUGACACGAAAGCAAUAAAAUCGAUCCUUGAGAAGAUUGGAAAUCACUAUUUCACGAUUUACUCAAUUAACGGACCCAAACGGACUGGAAAGAGUUUUAUGCUUUCAAAUUUUAUUCGAUACUUGAGCCAAGGAAGUCCCCGUGGGAACGCCUGGGUUUCAAAUUCUGGAAAUAUGACAAAUUUUGCGUAGCGAGGCGGAUCUGAACGUAAAACGAUUGGAAUUGACGUCUGGUCUGAGCCCUUUUGGACGACGCAUAACGGACGUCGGAUUGCCGUCGUCCUCAUGGACACGCAAGGUUCAUUCGACGACCAAACGACGAUGCAGCAGAACGCGAUAAUUUUUGCGAUUGCGACCCUCCUCUCGUCCGUCCUCAUUUUCAACAUUAUGCGCGACGUGGGGGAAGGCGUUCUCCAGUUUUUCCAAUUCUUCUCCAGCUUUGCUACCUUGACGAUUCCGGAAGUCGAGGGGCAAGCUGCGAGUGGGGAGCGGGGGACGGGUGCCUUCCAGAAACUGGUCUUUCUCAUCAGAGAUUUUCAGUUCGUGCAGGAUUAUCAGCUCGGAUUUUACGACGAUAACAACGUUCCUAAAGGGCAAAAGGAGAAUUUCAAAAAGGACAAGUUGGAUUCGAACCCGGGUCAGCCGACAGAAGUGAGAUUCACGCAUGACCAAGUCGUCAAGAGCUACCAGGAUGUCGGCGUUUACCUAAUGCCCGAACCUGACAAGGGAUUAAAGCAACUCGACACUCUAGAAAAUUUGAAUCCCGAUUUUGCCUCCCACGUCGGCGCCUUCGUCUCCCCCGUGCUCUCUCCUGGGCAUCUCGUCACAAAGAAAAUUAGCGGCGUGGAGGUGACUGGGCUGGACAUGGUGAAAUACGUGACCUCCUGGGCCACCCUGUUUGAAGGGAGUGACCUCCCAGAAAUCAAAAGCGUCUACCACUCCGCCGCCGAGAGCCAAUUCAUCAUCGCGAAACAUUUGGCGCUCACAUUUUACGCGUCCGAAAUGCAAAAAUUUCUCCAACAAAAUCCCGACGGUGUGAGUGACACUGACCUUUGCGUAAAACAUGGGGACACGGUCAAGGAAUCUUUCGCCAUUUAUAAGAGCAAAUCCAGAAUGGGCGGGGCGGAAAUGGAUGCCAAAUUUGGCGAAGAAUUUACCUCAGAAUCGGCCCGUCUCCUGGGCACGCUGGAGUCCAUUAAUAACACUAAUUUGAAAGCGGCCCAGGCCAACGAGAAGCUAAACAAGGCCCAGGAAGCGUUUCAGCGGGAGGCGGAAGCUCAAAGGGAGAGGGCGCGCAAAUUAGAGGCGGCCCAAGCCAAGCAGAGGAAGGAGAUGGAGGCGGACAUUGCCGCGCGGAAGAAGGCUCAUCAGGACUUGAUGAAUAUGAUGAAGGAACAAAAGAAGACGCAGGAACGGGCGGAGAAAGAGGCGAAGGAGAGGGAAGAAGCGCUUAAGAAGCGGUUGGACGAGGAGAGAGCGCGCGUACCAGGUCGUCAACAACCAAAUGUUUUGCAAGAUAUAAUUCAAGGAGUGGGAAGUUUGUUUGUUCCGGGGAUGAAAUUUUUUCGGUGAGAAGGAGAGUUAUUAAAUGGUAGGGGUUUAAAGAGUGGUUGUAAUGCGGGGGUGGGAGCAGCUGUUCGAAAAGUACUUCUUCACUUGUGAUGAUCCUCCCGAAGGGGGUUCACUAGAUCGACCCCACAUAUGGCUCACUCGUAGCAUUGUGGCCGUGUGGUGGAAAUCGGGAUAAAUAAUGUACACGUUUCUCGAGGCAGAUUGAGAUGUUGAUUUGGACAAGUUUUUAUUCAAUUCAGAUUGGCAGGGUUGUGCGAGGUAAGGGCAGCAGCAGCAGCAGCAACAAGACUCGUCUUGAGCCCAUCUCCCAGGCUCCCCAAGACUUGUUCUCCCAUUGCUGUCGUGUACUGCCGUGACUGCUGUUUAUAUAUGGUUGCUAUACCUAUUUCUAACCUACAUAUUGAAAGAGAGAGUGAGAGAGAUAACAAUGAGAUGACUUGCAAUAAUUGCCUCACUGCCCAGAGGCGAUCACGAUAUAAAACUAGAAUGUGACAAAUGUAUCUGAUUAAGAUUGCACAUAAGGAAACCUUCUCCUUGAUUGUGUUGCACUCAAUGUGCAACAAUCACUUUCACAAAAUAAACCUGUUCUUUACACACUCAAUAUUCAGUCAAUUUAAUCAAGGGGAUAACAAUUAUUAAUUUAUUAUUAAUAUAUUCAUAGUUUGAAGAUAAUUUAAUGCAUUAUUCAUUUGUUCAAAACUUAGAUAAAUGUUAACAAAGAUAAAUAUUGAUUCAUUAUUGGUGCUUAAGUAGUAUCCUGACGUAUUUCAUGGGCAUACGUCUAAGGAUAUCAGAUUGCCCCAAAUUCGAAGUGAACCAGGGCGUGUACUACAUAUGUAAAUACAUCGACUAAAAUUCGAAAACCGGAAGUCGAUAUCUCUUACCGUUCUAAAAUGAGGUCAAAAACCAUGGAGCAAUUCGCAAAAGCUGUCCCACUACCACAAAAAAGUGGUUGCAUGCUCCAAGAAAUUGAUCUGUAACCACUCUUAAGAGAGUUGCAGUAAACCGCUACAAACGCAUGUAACCAAGGGGUGAAACCAGCGUGUUUCCAGUUGAAUAAAACCUACACAACCUAACUUGUUCAGGAAAUUUCACCCAAGCAGUUGUGCAAAAGGAUUACUCAACUAGGUUGCGUAAACUUUAACCACGGUUUGUGUCAUCCAUCCAUCCAUCCAUGGUUUGUGUCAUGGUUUGAGUAGCACGACGAUACUCCAGCUGACGUGUUCUCCUUCGCUCUCUUCUCUUUAUUUUUUAGUUUUGUAAAAAAAUUUAAAGUUUUUCGCCACUCCCAACUCUACAAAGUGUAACAGCCCCUCCCCACCGGGACCAACUGCAUAGUGGUAGAUGAGUUUUUGGGAUUUGACCGUGGGUGACCGUGUUUUUUGGACGAUUUCUCUCCCUGCAUUGUUUACAUUAACCGGACUUCCCCGGCCUGGCGUAAUGGACUUUCCCAAAAUUCGGCUCUCAUGUUCCUGCCUCAUUUCGACUGGAGGAGAUGAACCCUACAUGAUGCGCUCUGGGGGUGCUCCUCUUUUUUGCACUGAAUAGUGCCAAAUGUGACAAGUUUUAUUCUUACCUCCAUGAAAUUUAGAGAUGUCUAGAGUUAUCCUCAUUCUGUUAAGAAUUAUUGUUUUGCUCUUUAUGUGCCUUGCUGACCUGCAUCGUUGAAUAUCAAGAAUUCAUCAUCUAAUGAAAAUGGCGGUCCCACCCAUGUCAGUCAAGGACUUUAUUCGUCAAGCUGAGCCCGAGACAAAUGUAAUAAUUCUGGACGGGAAAUUAGAUCAACACAAAUACCGUACGGUCUAUUUUAAGUUAGAUUACAUAGUUUGGGAUGACGAUGAAUCACUCGGUCCAGUCUGCUAUCUUUGUGAAGAAAUCAUUGAGGACAUCAUGGAUUCGCUUUUAAAUAAAGGAACAACGUACUCUAUUGUCCUCAAGGACCAUUUCAACUUGGACGACACGAACAAAUGUGCCCUUCAAUGCAUACAUUGUUUAAAUUAUUACCACAAAAAUAAGUGUAACAUUUCUAUUUCCAAUCAAUCAUUUCUCAAUAUUCUACUUUCUAAAAACCGGACUUGCCCGAGAUGUGUGCCUUCAUUUGUAAUUAAGGGAAAAGUUGAUGCUGUAACUAUAAAUUAUGACAAGCUAUUAUUGAAAUUAGUGAGAAUAUUGAACCAUUUAUGUUAUCAAGAUACCUUUAACCUGGAUAUUACCACCUUUCUUAUGGAAAUUCAAGUUUCAUUUAACAAACUUUUUGAUAACUUCGGUAUUGGAUAAUUUGUAAUUUAUUAAUUAACUCGUUUUAUCGUUUUGAGCUGGAAUAUAAUGGAUUUUAACUGUUGGUGUUAUGCGAUGGUUACUCUAUAGCUGAUCUAUAAUUUACGUGUCAUAGAUCAUUUCGUGUUAUUUUUCGUGUCAUUUUGACGUGUCAUUUGUGGAAAAGCAUGAUUUUGUGUAAACAGAGUUUUUAUUUUGUAAUGUGUUAUAACUUGUAAACCAGUCUUAUCGACUGAAUGUGAUUAACACUUGAAUAAAGGUAAAUUGAAUUGAA